GUUGAUUCAGCCCACCCACCCCCCCGCCCGUUUAAAAGACUUUUAAGACACUUUGAUCUCGUGCGCACUUGUGCGUUUUUUUGCGCAAAAGGACAGCAGCGGGAUCGAGUGAAGGCGAAGCAAGGACACAGGAGAGAGAGAAAAAGGAUAAAGACAUGAAAGUGGUCAUAGAUAUGUGCUGGCUUCUCCUGGUGCUGCACUCUGCUGCCGUGCUGUCCUUGCCCACACCAGUCAUCUACCCCCAGGACCCCGUCCUCCGCAUGGGCUCCAACCUGACGGCCACCUGCUGGGUGCACCCCGACCUCGGCAUCCAUGCCAGCUCGCUGUACUGGACGCUGAACGGCCAGCAGCUGCCCGUCUCCACGUACCGAGUGCUGAGCUCCACCAACCUGAGCGUGACGCUGAGCGGCCUCAACGCCUCCAGGCAGACGUCCGGCGACAACCUGGUGUGCCACAACCACAAGGGUCACAUCCUGGCUGGCUCGUGCAUCUACGUUGGAAUGCCGCCGGAGAAGCCAGUCAAUUUGACCUGCUGGUCUCGGAACACCAAAGACCUGACGUGCAGCUGGGCUCCUGGAGGAAAGGGAGAGACCAGUAUUAGCACACAGUACUUGCUCAAGUACAAACUCAGGUGGUACGGCAAGGAGAAAGAGUGCGAGGAUUACACUCACGCUCAGCCGUACUCGUGCAGCAUCACUCGAGACCUGCACCUCUUCACCCCCUACGAGAUCUGGGUGGAGGCCACCAAUCAGCUGGGCCAGGUCACCUCGGACGUCAUCACGCUGGAUAUUCUAGACGUGGUGACCACGGACCCUCCAUCGGGUGUGACAGUGAGUCGUGUCGGGCAGUUGGAGGACCAGCUGAGCGUUCGCUGGGAGGCCCCGCCUGCGCUCAAAGACUUUCUGUUCCAGGCCAAGUACCAGAUCCGCUACAGACUGGAGGACAGCCAAGACUGGAAGGUGAUGGAUGAUGUCGGCAAUCAGACAUCUUGCAGACUGGCAGGACUCAGACCUGGAACUGUGUACUUUGUGCAGGUGCGGUGUAACCCGGUGGGCAUCUACGGGUCUCGCAAAGCUGGAAUCUGGAGCGAGUGGAGCCAUCCCACCGCUGCGUCCACGCCUCACAGCGAGCGCCUCAUGUCGGGCUCCUGCGACUCCAAAUCGAGCGGCGACUCCAACUCGACGCUGCGGCGGGAGCUGAAGCAGUUCUUCGGUUGGGUGCGCAAACACGCCUUCGGCUGCAGCAGCAUGUCCAUGAAGCUGUACGACCAGUGGAGGGUGCUCAUGCAGAAGUCGCACAAAGCACGCAACCAGGUAGGUUCUCCAAGGGGAUAAAUCGUAGCACAUGCUGCUGCCUAUUUUUUCCUUUUUUUUUUUUUUACAAGCCCAAAAGCAGAAAUCCCAGAAUAAAGGAACACAGUGUGGUUUGUGGAUGUGAUUUGGAUGUGCUGGUAAAAUUACAAAAAGACAUUUUUAUUCCUGCAGAGGACAUCCAGAGUUAAUCCUUCCCUUUUUAAUGCAUCUUUUCUUCCCCCCGUCAACAUGAGCACUGACUUGCAUGGAAAGCUUGCAAGGGGACUGACAAGACAAGAGGACAAGUAAUCAUGGCAUUUGGCGGCAUUUUGGACACUGGCUGACGAGGGAAGUCGCAGGCAAACACUUUCUUACAUCCUGCAGCUCCAAUGCACCACCUAGUGGCCACUCCGUGUCAUUGCAAACCGUGUCAUCGUUCCAAGUGCCAAAGUGGUUUAGUCCACAAUGCAAUAUCAUGACAAACCAUUGCCUGCUUUUUAUUUUUCUACAGAAUCGUAACGCCAUAUUUAAAAUAUGUAUAAAGUUAUGUUUUAUUUCUUAAGUUAUGUUUAGCUAGCUAAAUAAAUAUGAAUGACUGAACAUGG